AUGGGGAUCGCCGCCGCUAUCCUCAUCCUUCUGCCCAUUCUGUAUCUUGCUUUCCAAGUCAUCAACAACCUAUGGCUUCAUCCACUGUCCAAGUAUCCGGGCCCGCUAUUAUGGCGCGCAUUUCGAUUUCCUUUUCUGCGCUCCAUGAUGGGCGGCAAACUCCCUCACCAGGUCAAGAUUCUCCAUGAACGAUACGGCGAUAUUAUUCGCGUCGCCCCUGAUGAGCUGUCUUUUAUCGACCCCGACGCUUGGCGAGAUAUUUACACUAAAGGUCGGGAGUUUGUGCGGCCAGACCAAUUCAAAGACCAACCACCUGGUAAGACAGCCUCGAAUUUGAUCGCGUGUUCAGAAUCAGAGCACGCCCGACUGCGAAAAAUACUUACACCGGGGUUUUCUGAAAAAUAUGCCAUGGAACAGGAGCCUAUCAUCCAGUCCUACGUUGAUAAGUUAUUUGCGAAGCUGGACGAUCGUGUCCAAAAUGACCAAUCUUCAGCGGUGGAUGUCGUUGAAUGGAUCAACUAUCUUGCGUUUGACUUGAUUGGAGAUCUGACUUGGGGAUCACCCUUUGGCUGCUUAGAUGGUUUGACCUACCACCCCUGGGUUCAAACAGUGGGCCAGUUCAAGGCUGCAAUUGUCGUGGGCGCACUCAAGUUCUACCCAUCUAUCUAUGCUUUCCUCAUGGCAAUUACCCCACCCUCAGCUUUACAAGCUGUUAUGGACAUGUGGAAACUAACGGAGCAAAAUGUCCGGGAACGAGUUGCCAGCGGCGCUAACCGUCCUGAUUUGGUUGGAACUAUGAUGGCAUCUGAGUCCAUGACACAAGAAGAAAUGGAAGUCAACUCCAUGAUGAUUGUGGCAGCAGGAAGCGAAUCCGUCACCACAGUUCUCACCGGAGUGAUCAAUUAUCUUCUUCGCAGCCCGGAUAAACUCAAUGCGCUGGUUGAAACACUCCGGACUAAAUUCCCAUCCUCGGAACAGGAGAUCACCGGAGCUGCCUUAAAAUCCAUCCCAUAUCUGGAUGCCGUGUUGAAUGAGGGCAUGCGGUUAUGCCCUACUAUCCCAGAUGGCAUGCGUCGCAAUGUUCCCGCUGGCGGAGCGACUAUUGCUGGACAUUUUGUUCCUGAAGGAAUCAUGAUCUCUGUUCCCCCAUUCGCAACCUACCGCGCAUCGCGUAACUUCAGUCAUCCAACAGAAUUUGCUCCGGAGCGUUGGCUUUCUGAUGAUCAGUCUAGCUCAAGGUUUGAAGGCGAUAGUAAAAUUGCUUUCAAUCCGUUCUCUCUAGGCGCACACAAUUGUCCAGGUCAGAACCUGGCUUGGUUAGAGCUAAGGAUCAUUCUUGCGAGAUUGCUUUGGAGGUAUGAUAUAUCGAUUCCGCCCGGUGUUGAUCUACCCCAAUGGGAAGAGCAAGGCAUCUGGUGGUUUUGGGAUAAGCAGGCCACAAUGGUUCGUUUCACAAAAUUCCGGUAG